AAGUAGAGGAAGCAGUUCUUUUAUUUUCCCCAGAGAAUUGAACUGUCUGCUCCCACUUUCAUCACUUUUCAAGGCCACUCCUCCUAAAUAUUCACACCCAAACCACCAAUCAUUCGUUCAUGCACAUGCCGUCUUCCAUGAACCCGAAACUCAAGCUUUAGUUUUUAUUUUUUGUGUUUUCGAAGAAUGUUUGACUUUCUUUUUGGCUGGAGAAAAGCUUCAAAGUGUAAAAAGCUUAUCAAGCAUGUUCAGUGUCGCUUGAAGCUGCUGAAAAACAAGAGGUUGACGAUGGUGAAACAGCUGCGGGAGGAUCUUGCUCAGCUCAUCAAACUUGGGUAUGAAGAAACUGCUUUUAAUCGGGCCGAGCUGCUUCUUAAAGAUGAGAAUAUAAUGGCGGUCUAUGAUCUGUUGGAUCACUUCUGUGAAUUCAUCAACCUUCAAUUAUCAUAUAUUCGCAGACACAGGGACUGUCCUAAUGAUAUCAAUGAAGCAGUUUCGAGCCUUAUGUUUGCGUCUGCAAGAUGUGCAGAACUUCCCGAGCUUCCCGUGAUUCGGAAGCUCUUCGGGGAGCGUUACGGUCACCGGUUCGCGACGGCGGCUGUCGAAUUACUUCCUGGGAAUCUGGUGAACCGUGAGAUACAAGAAAAGCUGUCAGUGAAAUCGGUUUCGGAUGAUGUAAAGAACAGAUUGAUCGAUGAAAUAGUUCGAGAUUACUGCCUGCAGCCUGGAAUUUCGGCACUUGAAUACUUCCCCGAAUUGGAACGCCAGGUAACUAGUGAGAUGGAAGUUAAGUCCAUGCAGGUUGAACCAUUGCAACUUCGAUCGACAUCGGAUUGUCCGGAUGAUCCACAAUGCAGGGAUAUCGUCCCGGUUUGUUCGAUCACUUCAGAACAAAAAGAUGAUGAAACGAUGAAAGUGACAUCUUUGUCGGACAGUUUGCCUCCGAUCUCCGGGGAGCUUGUUGUCUACCUUGAUGACAUAGAGGAGUUACAAUCUUCCGUUAGAAAAGAAGCAUAUCGCCAGGAUCAGAGACUAUUCAAGUUCAAGUCACUCCCCCUGCCUACAAGAAGAGUGGUUAUGGACGGAACGGACGGUGACGACGAAAGUUCGGACAACGAAAACCACGACGAGAAGUCGAAGAAAUUAAUGUGGAGGUCAUUCUCUCUUAUCAUGAAGGAUACCGAUCACAAGAUUUAUUAUGAGAAUCACAAGCGUAAAUCUCAUCACUACAGAAAGCUCCACAGUAAGAAAACAGUAACAAAAAUUAAAACACCUUAUGCUCUAAAGAGGCCUAAACAACCUUGCCAUUGCCAAUGUUCGAGUGCCUUACCGAGCGCGGGCUGGUCCGAAACAAGAAUCGUUCCAUAUUCGAGGGCCGUAACGAUGCCACAAGAAAGGCCGAGAGGGAUACACAGGUACAGCAUCGUUCGGUCGAAUUCGUUGUCCGUUCACAAACCGAAUCACGUCCAUCCUAUGCUGCCGGAGUAUGAAGACAUAGCGGCCAAAUUCAUGGCUCUCAAGAAAGAUCGUCUGCAACAAAAACAGCGAUGAAGAAACUAAAGAUUCUCUGGUAUUCUUUUCUUUUCAUUUUAUAUCAUAUGAUCAUAGGGACAAUGGUCACUUGUAAACUGGGUCGGGUCCAACAAGCCCAUAACUUAAUACCCAACUUAGUUCACUAAUCUUUUUAAUCCAGAUUGGGAGUGCUUCUAGAACUGGAAAAUAUGGAAGGAUAUGA